AGGGCGCCAUGGACCGGAGGAAGAAGCCGCUGGACGUGGCCGCCUCCUCGCUGGUAGAUCUUAAAGCAGAACUCUUCCGAAAGCAAGAAGAAUUCAAGAAAGAAAAGCUAUUGAAAGAUGCUGGCAUCUUUGCAAAGCCCAAAACUUCUAAUAAGAAACCAAGCAUCUGGAACAAACAAAACACAGGAGUUGCAAAUCGAGCCGAGAAAGAUGUUGAGCAGAAGACAGAAGAGGAGGAUAUAUUAGAUAAAUCAAGGAAGAAACUAGAAGAGAAAGCAAAGCUGUAUGAGAAAAUGACAAAAGGCGACUUUCCAGAUGAAGAAACUGAGGAUUUGUACCUAGUGGAUUUCACUCAGAAGAUCAUAGACAAACAGCACGAAGUGCAGGAACUGUAUCAGAGCGAAGCUGCUAGAAAGACUUUAGAAAAAGAGACAGAUGAUGAGGAAACUCAACCUGAAAUGGAAAUACCACCACCCGAGGACCCAGACGAAGAAUGGGUUGAUUAUGUGGACUUCUUGGGCCGAUCUAGACGUUGUAUGAAGAAGGAUUUGCCAAGUCUACUUAAAAUGGAUCAGGAACUUCAAGGGAAAAGACAAGGUCCUGAUGGGAAUACUCUGUUAUCUGAAGACAUGAGAAGAGAACUUCAGAGGCAGCAGUGGGAAAAAGAAGAAGAAGAAGCCCUCAGAAAACCCAUGGGACCCAUACAUUAUGAGGAUAUUCGAGAAAAUGAGGCCAGACAGCUUGGUGUUGGUUACUUUGCCUUUUCUCGUGACAAAGAACUUAGGAAUAAACAACGGGCAACACUGGAUAUGCUAAGAGAGCAGACACUUGAUCAGAGAACUAAACGUGAGCAGUUAAAAGAAAAAAGGAAGGCAGCUCUAGAUGCAAGGCUGUCUAAACUUCGAGCACGGAAGAUUAAGAAGUUAAGGGAAGCUGGAUUGGAGGAAGAGGCAGAAAAAUUGGAGAAGGGAGAGUUGAAAGGUGUUACUGAUGAACCGGAAGCUCCGAGAGUUACUGCAGCAAGCAGAAAGGUAGAGGUUGUCAUCCAGGAGAGAAGAGAUACAAAGCCUGGUGUGCCUUAUGUCCGAGAGUGGGAUAAAGGCAAAGAAUUGAUGUUUGGACAAUGGUCGAAGAAACAGGAAGAACUCAGAGAUGAGCGAGAUCCAGAAUUUGCGCCACCUUCUGAUUACUUUAUGGGACAAAAGAAAGACGAUAAUUACAGAAGUCAGAAUUUGAACAGUCCUGAAACCUCCUCUGAAAAACUGGAAACAGAGACAGCACAAAACCAACAGAUGCCAUCAGUGCCGGCCAACGGCAGCAGCACUGAAGAUAUGCCACCAUCAGUGCAGGCUUACAACAACACUGUUCAAGAUGAGUCAGCAUCAACAGAGGCCUGUGUUGAUGCUCAAGAUGUGUCAUCAUCAGCGGAGGAUGACAGCAGCGAUGAUGAGGAUAUGCUGCCAUCAGCACAGGCUUACGGCUAUGGUGCUCGAGGUGUGCCGCCGUCGAUGCAGGCUUACGGCUAUGGCACUCAAGAUGUGCUGUCAUCAAUGCAGGCUUACGGCUAUAGCACUCAUGAUAUGCCAUUUCCAAUGCAGGCUUAUGGCUACGGCGCUCAAGGUGUGCUGCCACCAAUGCACGCUUAUGGCUACAGCACUCAUGAUAUGCCAUUUUCAAUGCACGCUUAUGGCUACGGCGCCCAAGAAGUGCCGCCAGCAAUGCAGGCCUGUGGCUGCAGCGCCCAAGAAGUGCCGCCAGCAAUGCAGGCCUGUGGCUGCAACCAAGAAGUGCCGCCAGCAAUGCAGGCCUGUGGCUGCAGCACCCAAGGUGUGCCGCCAUCAGUGCAGGCCUGUGGCUGCAGCGCUCAAGAUGUGGCGCCUUCAGCGCAGACUGACAGCAGUGACACUCAAAAUCAGACACCACUUUACCAAAGUUUAGAUGAUAUGCUGUCUUAUUACAGACAAGUGACUUGAACUGAGCAAAAAGAUAAGGAAGAAUCGUGAUGUAAAAAACUGAAAUAGAAUUAUCUUCUCGGCAAGAAUAUCAUUUUCCCACAUCUGGGAAAAAUAAGUUUCUGUAAGUAGAUCAAAAUAAAUCUUCUGGAGACCCAAGCUAUUUUACAUCACAGCUGCACUUUUGCCCUGUUGGGGUUUCCCCCCCGCCCCCUUUAUUAAAAUU